UAAAGCAACUCACCCGAUCGUCGAUGUUCUGCCCAUGGCGUCCCUCAAACGACAGCUCGACAGCUACCGGUAGAGUACCGUGUCUUGUCCUGAUCUGAUCAGUACAUUGCCAUGCCGCUACUGUACCAUGAAUGUGGGUAGUCCCUUUAGUGUGAUUGGGAGAAAUCCCGAAACGAGUGCUUUACCCGAGGCAGUUUGGUAUCAGGAGAGCACUUCGACUGCCUCGUCCAAUUUUUACUACAGCAACGCUCAUCAUGAGCAGAACGCCGAUGCAGAAGGACAACAACAUCCAUCUGGAUUCUUCGUUUCGCUCUUGCCAAGAUGGGAUAUUGCGCAGGAUGAUUCACGCGCCAAAUCGGUCUUUUACCAAGUCACACCGUUUUCCGAUUUUCUCAAUAAUAAUAAUAAGGACAAGAAAAGCCAUUUGUUUCGACUGCGACUGCCCAGACGAUUGGCUGUGGUAGACGAAGAAGAAGAAAUAAUCAUCACGACAGCCAUCAGCAACGAUGAGUCCAUGGACGCUCCUCCUCCGUUGCCAUCAUCGCCACGCCAUCAAGAGCGAAGGAUUCCCUUGCUAGUCAGAUUCACAGACAACCACAAAUUGCUGGCCAUGCAGUUCUCGCCCUUUAUGGUCCGAAUUGCCGUGGCAAUACCAAUAGGACAUGACAAAACAACUACCCGGUCUUCUGCUCCUGAUGCUGCUACUCAGCAUUGGACCGUUGCCUUGCCAUAUUCUACUUCCUUGGACAAUUCGACGACAAUCAUCAAAGACCCAUACACACCACUGCCAUCUUCUCCCGAUGCCAUGCCACAACGCAAGAAGAAGAAAAAGAAGAAAAAAGGACACACCACCACCACUACAUCAUCGUCCAACCAUCACAAUGAAACCAUCUUGCCAGGGGGUCUAUUUUGGCUCGAUCAAUCCUACGGCAAUGCCCGUGGAAGUGACUACCAAGAGUUCUGGUUGGUAUUGGUCACGUCUCGUUCGCUGCUUUGUUACACAGUAACCUACAAUCGUCUCGACGAAUAUAGAAGACAACCUCUCCUCUCCAUCGAAUUGGCGCAUCAGUUUUCCCAUCCCACUGCUACAGCCGCGUGGUGGGCAUCUCCCAUGGUACUGGUGGUCGGUUCCUCUACUGCCAAUGCCGACUUGUCGCUGCGAACUUACCUGUUUGGUGGGAAUGGUCCCUUUACCAGUCACCGAGAAGUCCUGCAGAAUCCAUUGAUUCUACCACUCCGUCUCGAACGACCACCUCCGGUGCGCUGCGAUGCCUUUACGGUAGGAGGAGGAAACGGCAACAAUCGUCAGGAAAGCACGCACAAACGAGUUUCUUCCUCAUCAUCAUCUUCUCCUACGUCUCCUUCCAACGACACCAAUCACUCGACCAUAAUAUCUGUCGUCCAACUGUACAACAAGACGUAUAUUGUCCAUGUACCGGCAGAGUCCGUCUUGGUCGCCUACAACGUUCAUGCCAUUCCCAUCACACUCCAUCAAGUCGAUACCGAAAAUUGUGUCAUUCUGCAACAACAGGUACAGCGGCAGGUACGACUGCCCAAACGAAUAUCGCGAAAAAGCAAAGUAGAAGAACAUGUCUUGAUUACCACAUUGGACAAUGUACUCGUCAUUACCUUUCGACGGUCCAAGUUUCACGUCAUGGUGGAUAUUCUGGAUAGUACCAAGGAUGUCGUGGUGGAGAAAAUAAUGGCACAGGAAGAGGAAGUAUUGGCGGUUCCAUCCGAUUCGGCAGCGCCUACUCCUGCCCUCUUUAUUGCACCCAACUUUUUGUUCUUGACGCAACAAGGUACCGUGCUACCCUUGUCACUAGAUUUGGAACGAUUAGCACCCUCCGUGAUCAAACACGAGCGCUGCAACUUUACCAUGCUCCUUCGACGAAGACACUUCUUUCAACAAUCAUCAUCAUCAUCUACAGGCCGACAGACUGCCAUGGCACACUUUUCGGCCAUUGGAGCACUAGAACGGCCCGAGCAACGGUUGAAAUGGAUCAAUCAUGUGGCAGAGGUAUACUGUAGACAGCAACAACAACGUCAUCAUCAGAACACAACAGCAACUCCCUACCAAUGGGACGUGGUAGCUUCCGUGGAUCUGAUGUUCCAAUGUGCGUUGCUGGGGAGAAGCGGAUGGGAAUUCCUUUCUUCAACAGAUGUAAUUGACUUUGAUGAUGAGUACAAACUGCUUCGUCGGAUGCAACGGUACUCUCAGGCUCCCUCACAUCCAGUUUUGUUCCAGACGGAGCUGCUGGAGCAAUUAUUCCUUCCUAAAGUUCAAAAGGUAUUGAGGAAAAAGCGGCAAGCAGCCCGUUUGGCCAACGAAGAUGGCAACAACAAUACACAACUAGUUCUUCACAUUGCCGAACUGGCCAUGUCCUAUGUUGGAGCGCUGGAGCGACAUGGAUCUCGGGCAUGUCCUGCAAUGCAACUCUUUGUCUUUGCGCUGCUAUGGAGGCUUGGUGAUGCCCAGGUUCUCAUGGCGCUGUUGAAGGCAUGGAAGACUCCGUCUCAACAAAAGAGCAGCCAUCCAACAAGUUUCCUCGCCACUCAACGGCACGCGUUUCUGCUCAUGGAUGUUGUCCAACACGUCGAAUUUGGAUCCCUUGCCAGCAAAAUUUUUGCACUGAAUGACCAAUAUGCGGUAGUGGCAACACUGAGAAAGCGAACGCUUCAGCUGUCCAUGGGAAUGCUUUCGGCCUCGCCAACGAUGGACUACCGAUAUCCCAGCUGCCUCAUUUCACUGCUUCUGCAGCACAGUCAACUUCACGAGGCUCUGGUGGCCGCGUCUGAGUUGUUGGAUUCCUUUCACAGUCAUCAACAAACUUCUUUCAAGACUCGAAGGAAAAUAGCGGCUCUCAUCUAUGCAAGGAAAUGCAACGGUGGGGACAAUUUUCUGAACGUGGCGAACGCACUUUGGAACUGCGAUCUGGAAGCAACAACAUCUGAUCGGUGUGCAAUGCUACAAUCCAUGUUCUCCUUUCUGUCCAAAUGGGACCCACGACGUGUCGCAACAAUCUCAAAGGGGCGCGGGUUCAAGACCAGCGACGACAUUUUUGAGUUGAUGGAAGGGAGUGAGGCAAGAACGAAGUUUCUGUCCCGAAGGCCAUCAUGUUCGGCGCUGGCCGGAAAGACCAACACAGCAGCUCCGGCAGCUCGGCACACACCUUCUCCUUUCCCCAGAGGGAUCGCCUUGGACAAGGUAGUGCUAUCCAAGGAUUUGACUUCCUUCUGGUCCUACUUUGGGCAAGUGUUUGGAGUUCCAUAGCCGCUAACAUAUAUAUUCCAUCGGAGCCUAAGGGACGGAGACGACCCGAUGAACGGGUGCUGGGGCAGUGGGGGCUCGAGCUCGGUGUAUACAGAUAUAGGCUAGUAUGGAAUUUUAAGCUAGUAGUAACAGGUGAAAGCUAG